UGCAAUACAUCUUGGUACUGAGAAGAUGAAAAAGUUAAGAUAUCAACAACACAGGAUUUCCUUAAGAUAUCAGUGUCUGAGGUUUUUUUUCUACUUUUAUGCAGUACAUCAUGUUAUUGAAACUUAAAACUCUAAUCAUGCCCCAACACUCCUAAAAACAAAAAACUAAGGUAGAACCAAAAGGGAUUUUUUUUCCGCAUAAAAAAAAAUAAUAAUAAUAAUAAAGAAUGGGUUUUCCUCCUCUUCAGAUGUUUCAUUUAAAAAUUUAGGCAAAAAAAAUAUUGUAAGCUUUGUGAAUAUUUAAGUAUUUGAUUUCUAUUCUUUUGUUUUCUUUCAUUUUUGAGCACCACAUGGAUAAGCGAACCUCAUGGCUGUUUCUUUCUAUGUGUUCAAAAAAUACGUUAUUAGCAUAUUUAUUCUAAUAUGUAUCUAUAAAUUCUUGGCACUUUACUCUAAGCAAAGGGGCAGGAACAUGAACACAUUUUGUUGCCUAAUAAAGAAAACCACUGUCAACAGGUGAUGAAACGCAGUGAUAUAAGAGGGGUGAGUCUUUGUGAGUGUGUUAUUGGCAAGAUGAAAGUGUUGCAUAUCCUGCUGCUUGCUGCAGCUUUCAGCAUCCUCACUUUUAAGGGCACUCAUGGCGAAGAAAUCAUCAAUGGCCAAAAAGCCAAAAAGAACUCACUGCAGUACAUGGCAUCUGUGCAGUAUCACAGCAAUCAUAAAUGUGGAGGAUUUCUCAUAAACCCCAGCUAUGUGGUUUCUGCAGCACACUGUUAUUAUAAGCAUUUCUAUAAAUUCCUUACUGUGGUCCUUGGGAGUCACAACAUCAAUCCGACACGAAAUGAUCUGAGAAGAUACAAAGUGGAAAGUGUGCACGUCCACCCUUUAUACAAAAUAUUCCCAGAUUUCGGGUAUGACAUCAUGCUCCUGAAGAUUUCAUCGAAAAUCAGUCCAAAUGAUGCACAUGUGAAGACCAUCAAAAUCUCAAGCAAGCAUCUGGAUAACAAUAUAACGUGCCAAGUCGCAGGAUGGGGAAAAACUGAAAACCAAGUCGGUUGGUCUCAUGACCUCAUGGAAACUUAUGUGACCAUCAUUAACAUCACAGUGUGUAAGAAGGAGUGGUUUAAAGUGGACUUGCAUAAACUCCCAGAUAACAUUCUGUGUGCAGGAGGCUAUAAAACUAAAAGUGGAGCGUGCCAGUUUGAUUCCGGUGGGCCUCUGGUCUGUAAUGGGGUGGCAGUGGGCAUCGUGUCCUUCAAUCAUCGUAACAAUUGCAGCUAUCCAGAGUUGCCGAAUGUCUACACCGACAUUUCAGCUUACACCGACUGGAUUAAUAGUGUGAUCAAAGCAGAUCGCUAAGAGUGUAUUUCUUUUUCUUGUUGAUUAACCUGAAGUCAUUUUAUCAUUGCAUUAAAGUUUAAUCCUUGAAUUAGAAUAAAGAGACCGACUUCUGGAGUAUUUCUUGAAUCUGUGUUAAUAGUUACUGUAUUUAAAUAUUGUAAAUAUUGCUGUAUCUAAAAGAUGAAUCUGUUUACUUUUUUGCAUGCUCAUAAAAAAAAAAAAACUCGUUCGUUAUGUUCAUUAGAAAAACAAAACAAGCAAUCACAAGGACAAUUAUUUGUUACAAACUUUCCGCUCGACUACAAGCUGUUGUAGAAAAGACAUUAUUUACAGUUACAUUAUUUACUG